AUGGCCGGAAAGAAUGUGAAAAAGGCGCCCGAAGCUGAAAAUGAAGCCAAAGUUGAAUCUGAGACGCGUGCGCGCAUACACACACAUCACAACUUCUCGCAGGAAGUCAGAUGCGCUUACGUUGUGCUGCUGCUGGCCGGCUACUGGGUGACAGAGUGCAUACCAAUCGCGAUCACGUCGAUGAUACCCGUGGUGUUGUUUCCGGCGUUCGGCAUUCUUAGCACUCAAGAAACAUGCGUCUGUUACAUGAACGACACCAUCAUGGUCUUCAUCGGCGGCUUGAUUCUCGCCAUCGCCACCGAGCACUGCAAUCUGCAUCUGCGAAUCGCUCUGGUUGUGAUGAAGACGCUCGGGUGCAGUCAUGCGAAAUUGCUCGGCGGUCUCUGCACGGUAACCACUUUCAUAUCCAUGUGGAUCGCGAAUGCGGCAACUACCGCUAUGAUGGUGCCCAUCGCCUUUGCCGUUCUCCGCGAGCUGGAGAAGCAAGGACUCGGAAAAGUAUUCGACAUAAAGCAGGAUCUGGAGGAUCCAGAAGCUGAACCAGAUAUAAAACCGACGAACAUAACGAAGGCUUACUUAUUCGCGGCGGCGUACGCUUCGUCCUUUGGGGGCACUGGAUCGAUUGUCGGUACCCCGACAAAUCUUGCUUUCAAGGGUAUCUACGAGUACAACUUCCCCGAUGCCGAUCCCAUCACCUUCGGCGAUUGGAUGGCAGCCUCGAUCCCGCAGAUGGCCACGAAUUCCUUUAUUUUGUGGCUGUAUCUGCGAAUCGCCUUUCUCGGAUACCUAAGGCCACAUAGCAAAGACGCCGAGAUGGCGAGAAUCGGCGCGGAAGGCGAGGCCAUCGCGAAUCAAGUGAUAAGUGAUAACCUUAAGAAUCUAGGACCCAUGACGUUCCACGAGAUUUCCGUCGCGACGCUUUUCACGGGAUGCAUAUUCCUGUGGGUAUUUAGAGCCCCUGGCUUUGUCCGCGGAUGGUCGGAAGUUCUAACGGAUGUCGAAGUGACUUGCUACUCGCUUUUCCGCUCGGUUUCGCGCGUUACCUCGCGUUGAUUGAAAUUUCGCUCAACCGCAGCGUCCGAACGGCCUGCCGAAUCGUCCGAGGGUCUGAUCACCUGGAAGGUCAUCGAGACGAAGAUGCCGUGGAGACUGGUAUUCCUGCUUGGCAGCGGUUUCGCCAUCUCAAAGGGCAGCAGCGUUUCGGGACUCGCUAUGAGAGUAGGACUGGCUCUGGUGCCCUUGAAGGAUCUACCUCCUGUGCUGAUGAUGGCCGUUGUUCUUCUGUUCGUCAACACUCUGACGGAGUUCACUUCGAACGUCGGCACUGCGAAUAUAAUUUUGCCUGUCGUUGCUCACAUGGAGGUCAGAUGCGCGUUUGUAGUGUUGCUGAUGGCCGGCUACUGGGUGACCGAUUGCUUUCCUAUGGCAGUGACAUCGCUGAUACCGGUGGUGAUGUUUCCGUCGUUGGGUAUACUGAGUACGGCGGAUACGUGCGCUUGUUACAUGAACGACACCAUAAUGGUGUUCAUCGGCGGUUUGGUCCUCGCAAUCGCUAUCGAGCAUAGCAAUCUACACCUGAGAAUCGCUCUCGGCGUCAUGAAAACAGUUGGCUGUAGUCAUGCAAAAUUGCUCGGCGGCCUCUGCGUGGUCACAACCUUCAUAUCCAUGUGGGUGUCAAACACUGCGGCCACUGCUAUGAUGGUGCCCAUCAUAUUCGCCGUUUUGCGCGAAUUGGAACAGGCUGGACUAGGUAUGGUGUUCAGGACGGAAGAAAAGCCAGACGCCGCGCCAGAGAUAAAACCGACGAAAUUAACGAAAGCGUACUUGCUAGCGGCGGCCUACUGCUCGACGUUCGGCGGAACUGGAACGAUAGUAGGAACGGGCACGAAUCUGACUUUCAAAGGAAUCUACGAAAGCAUAUUUCCCGAAUCCGAGGGAAUUAAUUUUACUCAGUGGUUGAUCGCGUCUUUUCCCCAAAUGGUCGUUAAUUCUUUCCUUACUUGGCUGUAUCUACGAAUUGCUUACAUGGGAUUCUUAAGACCGCGAAGUAAAGACGCUGAAUUGGCCACCAUAGGAAGGGAGGGCGAGGCUAUCACAAAUCAAGUCAUAGAAACGAGAUACAAGAAUUUGGGUCCGAUAUCUUUUCACGAGUCUGCAGUUGCUAUACUAUUUUUUACAUGCAUGUUUCUUUGGUUGUUCCGCAAACCUGGCUUCAUCGUCGGAUGGUCGGAAGUGAUUACUGAUGUAGACCUCAGAGAUUCAGUACCAGUAAUAUUCGUCUUAAUUCUGAUGUUCUUCAUUCCGAAAGAUCCCAGCUUCAUUUACAGCUUCAGUCAAGAUCCUGCUAAAAGACCGAAGAAAUCAUCGGAAGGUUUAAUCACAUGGAAGGCAAUCGAGAGCAAGAUGCCGUGGCGUUUGAUGUUCCUACUCGGCGGUGGAUUUGCGAUAUCACAGGGGACCGUCGCGUCCUGUAUGGCGAAACGGGUCGGUGAAUCCCUGUUACCACUUCGUUAUUUGCCACCCCUUUUAAUACUCGUCCUGCUGUGCAUUUUCAUCGGUACAAUCACAGAAUUUACUUCAAACGUCGGCAUCGCAAAUAUCACCCUACCAGUGAUAGCGCAAAUGUGCGUAGCAAUGGAGAUGCAUCCCAUGUAUCUGAUGGUACCAGCUGCAUUGAUGUGCUCUUUUUCCUUUCGUCUACCGGUCGGAACGCCACCGAACGCGAUUAUAACUGUCGCAGGACACAUCCCGACCAAGUGGUUGAUCGCCGGAGGCUGUACACCUGCGAUUUAUAGUCUAAUUGUGGAGAUUAUUUUAUUCCCGACGUGGGGUGUCUAUGUUUUUGGAAUCAAAGAGUUUCCCACUUGGGCUAUGCAUGUUACGAAUAAUGAGACAAAUGGACGUUGUUAA